GGGAGAAUGACCAGUAUAAAAGGGAAUAGAACCAGUAUAAAAGGAAGAAUGACCAGUAUAAGUUGGAAUAGGACCAGUAUAAAAUGGAGAAUGACCAGUAUAAAAGGGAAUAGAACCAGUAUAAAAGGAAGAAUGACCAGUAUAAAUUGGAAUAGGAUCAGUAUACAAGGGAGAAUGACCAUUAUAAAAGGGAGAAUAACCAGUAUAAAUUGGAAUAGGACCGGUAUAAAAGGGAGAAUAACCAGUAUAAAUUGGAAUAGGACCGGUAUAAAAGGGAUAAUGACCAGUAUAAAUUGGAUUAGGACCAGUAUAAAAGGGAGCAUGACCUGUAUAAAAGAGAGAAUGACAAGUAUAAAAGGGAAUAGAACUAAUUUAAAAGGGAGAUUGACCAGUAUAAAAGGGAGAAUGACCAGUAUAAAUUGGAAUAAGACAAGUAUAAAAGGGAAUAGAACCAAUAUGAAAGGGAGAAUUACCUGUAUAAAAGGGAGAAUGACCAGUAUAAAAGGGAGAAUGAUCAGUUUAACUUGGAAUAGGACCAGUAUACAAGGGAGAAUGACCAGUAUGAAAGAGAAUAGGACCAGUAUAAAAGGGAGAAUGACCAGUAUAAAAGGGAGAAUGACCAGUAUAAAUUGGAAUAGGACAAGUAUAAAAGGGAAUAGAACCAGUAUAAAAGGGAGAAUUACCAGUAUAAAAGGGAGAAUGACCAGUAUAAAAGGGAAUAGAACCAGUAUAAAAGAGAAUAGAACCAGUAUAAAAGGGAGAAUAACCAGUAUAAAAGGGAAUAGAACCAGUAUAAAAGAGAAUAGAACCAGUAUAAAAGGGAGAAUAACCAGUAUAAAAGGGAAUAGAACCAGUAUAAAAGAGAAUAGAACCAGUAUAAAAGGGAGAAUAACCAGUAUAAAAGGGAAUAGAACCAGUAUAAAAGGGAGAAUUACCAGUAUAAAAGGGAGAAUGACCAGUAUAAAAUGGAAUAGGAUCAGUAUACAAGGGAGAAUGACCAGUAUAAAAGGGAAUAGGACCAAUAUGAAAGGGAGAAUGACCAGUAUAAAAGGGAGAAUGACUAGUAUAAAAGGGAGAAUGACCAUUAUAAAACCUUUGUAUUUGUAACAUAACUGUUUUAUUCCAUAGUUACUGUUGCGAUCUUGUAGCUCACAGGAUAAAAAUAAAUUAUAAA